UACGUGUGGCUUUCCCAUCCCAGCCGUACUGUACUCACCAGUGCAGUGUCAGGGAAGAAGCAGUCGCGAAUGUUGUCUAUGUUGGUGCGAGGGUCAAGAUCCACCUGCAUCAUCCACUGCAUCAAUGGAUCAAACUCCAGCAGACCUUUAUUCUACAUCAGAAGAUCAAGAUCCAGCAGACCUUUAUUCUACUAUCAGAAGAUCAAGAUCCAGCAGACCUUUAUUCUACAUCAGAUCAAGAUCCAGCAGACCUUUAUUCUACAUCAGAAGAUCAAGAUCCAGCAGACCUUUAUUCUACAUCAGAAGAUCAAGAUCCAACAGACCUUUAUUCUACAUCAGAAGAUCAAGAUCCAGCAGACCUUUAUUCUACAUCAGAAGAUCAAGAUCCAGCAGACCUUUAUUCUACAUCAGAAAAUCAAGAUCCAGCAGACCUUUAUCUUGCAUCAGAGGAUAAAGAUCCAGCAGACCUUUGUCCUACAUCAGAUUAUCAAGAUCCAGCAGACUUUUAUCCUACAUUAGAGGAUCAAGGUCCAGCAGACCUUUAUCCUACAUCAAAGGAUCAAGAUCCAGUAGACCUUAGUCUUACAUCAGAGGAUCAAGAUCCAGUAGACCUUUAUACUACAUCAGAGGAUCAAGAUCCAGUAGACCUUUAUACUACAUCAGAAAAUCAAUAUUCAGCAGACCUUUAUCUUACACCAGAGGAUCAAGAUCCUGCGACUUUUAUCCUACAUUAGAGGAUCAAGGUCCAGCAGACCUUUAUCCUACAUCAAACGAUCAAGAUCCAGUAGACCUUAGUCUUACAUCAGAGGAUCAAGAUCCAGUAGACCUUUAUACAUCAGAGGAUCAAGAUCCAGUAGACCUUUAUACUACAUCAGAAAAUCAAUAUUCAGCAGACCUUUAUCUUACACCAGAGGAUCAAGAUCCAGCAGACUUUUAUCCUACAUUAGAGGAUCAAGGUCCAGCAGACCUUUAUCCUACAUCAAACGAUCAAGAUCCAGUAGACCUUAGUCUUACAUUAGAGGAUCAAGAUCCAAUAGACCUUUAUACUACAUCAGAGGAUCAAGAUCCAGUAGACCUUUAUACUACAUCAGAAGAUCAAUAUUCAGCAGACCUUUAUCUUACACCAGAGGAUCAAGAUCCAGCAGACUUUUAUCCUACAUCAAAGAAUCAAGAUUCAGGAGACGUUUAUCCUACAUCAAAGAAUCAAGAUCCAGCAUACGUUUAUCCUACAUCAAAGGAUCAAGAUCCAGCAGACGUUUAUCCUACAUCAAAGAAUCAAGAUCCAGCAGACGUU